AACGGCAAUGUAAACACUGUCUGUCUUGUUUGAUUUGUGUCUAUUGUAUUUGUGCAUAGGUGUGUGUGAUUUUUCUUUUACACUAUACUCCGCUACAAAGAGCUCUUUGUGUGGCCGGCACCUACACAGAGCUGUUCUGUGAUUGGCUGAGAGUUCAGAGCUAACGUGCGAUUGGUCAGACUGCUUUUACAGGAGGGAGUAAGUCAGUGCUGAAUUAAAACCAGAAUGUGGUGCACAAACACACACACACACACACACACAUGGUCGCGUUCACAUCUCCACAAUGUCCGUCGCUGCGCGUAUAAACCAGCUAACCGUUAUACUUCUGUCUGUGCAUCUCAUUCCAACCAAUCCGGUGGCAGAGCAAAGGUCACUUGGUAAAAGCAGAAAGCGUGUGAAUCCAGUCCUCCAUACGGAUCCUCCCGCCCCAGAGCCCAUCAGAGACACCCACCAGUACUGCAAUUACCCUAACCUCACCGAGCAUGGCUGGGAGGGUCACAGUCCGGCUGACUACAGGCUGCUGUCGGUCCAGGUAAUGAUUCGGCAUGGAGACCGUUUCCCUUUGUACUCCAUCCCCAAAACCAAGAAACCCGCCAUAGAUUGCACCCUAUCAGAAAAGAGAAAGCCCUCUCACCCCCUUUUGGCCUCCUUCAUUAGUCACAUGGCUCUCGGUGGGCGUGGUCACUGGGACGCAUCACUUGGAUCUCUGCCCCGAUUACCCAAUCACAGCACCUGUGAAAUAGGAGAGCUUACACAGACAGGAGUCGUACAGCAUUUAAAAAACGGUGAUCAUCUUCGCCAGGCCUACAUUAAGCGUCACAAUCUGAUUACUGCUGAUUGGUCACCGCGGCAGUUGUGGGUGGAGACUACAGGUAAAACCCGCACCUUACAGAGUGGAUUGGCCUUCCUCUUCGGCUUCAUGCCACAUUUCGAUUGGUCGCGGCUGACUGUUAGACAGCAGUGGAGUACGCUGUUCUGUGGUUCCUCGUGCGACUGUCCCGCACGCAACCGGUACCUGGACCAGGAGCAGCACAGGCAGUAUCGACAGAGGAUCGCCGACACGGAACUGGAGCGCACGUAUGUCACCAUGGCCAAGACGUUGGGUGUGGCCACAAAGGCUCUGAGGGCGGCCAAUCCGGUGGAUGCGUUGUUGUGUCACUUUUGCCAUGGUCUUCCAUUUCCAUGCUCCAGCACACAGAUUACAUCAAAUGCUCUAGAUGAGGGGGCGUGUCUUACUCUACAGCACUUUGCUGUGAUUCGACGGCAGCAGAAAGAUGACGAAUUGGAGCGACGGAAGGCGGGGCUUUAUCGUCGCUAUGCUGUGCUCGCGGCACAUCCGUACCUCAAUCGGACCGCAGCACGAUUGGAGAGGAUCGCCAGAGAAAGCCAGACAAGCAAAGGUAAAGAAGAGGCAGUCUUCGCUUUAGCAUCUGCUCAUGACGUAACCAUGGCGCCGUUGCUAAGCGCGCUCGGUCUGGAAGGGGCGGGAUUUCCGAAGUUUGCGGCCCGCCUAGUGUUUGAGCUGUGGAGUAGCCCCGAAGACAAAGAGAGAAAGAAUGAUAGAAAACGAGGAAAGUGGUUGGACAAUAUGUUCAUUCGUGUUCUCUAUAACGGAGAGGACUUGACCUUUGACACAGCUUUCUGCCGUGACCACAAUCGACGCUCUGCUCAGCCGCUGUGCCCUCUGGGCAAUUUCCUGUCUUUUGUGAGAAAGGAUAUGUUCAAUAUUGUCAAUGCUACGAGUUACCAGCAGGCCUGCCACCAAAUUGUACUGUAAUAUAUGAAUGUGAAUGAGAAAUGAGAAUGAGAGAGAGUGCCAAGGGAGGAUAAAUGGGAAUAGUUUACCCAAAUAUGCUGCACAAUUCUGUCAUCAUUUGCUUCAUGUCGUUUCAAACCCAAAAAAAAAAAAAAAAAUUGAGGAAGUGAGACUCCAAAAAAGCAAAAAAAAUCUCCAUACAACUUAUGCACUAUAUUCCAAGGAGUUUCCAGGUGCUUGUCACUGCAUUGUUUCAAUGAAUGGAUCAAAAGCAGCAUGAACAUUUUUCAAAAUUUCUCCUUUUAUGUUCUGUUGAAAUGACGUGAAGGUGAGAAAAUGACAGAAUCCUCAUUUUUGGGUGAACUGUUCCUUUAAGACUGAGUACUAACGUUUUUGAUGUAGUGUUAAGUCUGUGGACCAAAUAAUUGUCCUGCACGACACUUUGUACACUUUGCUAAUCACAUCGAAUCAACUUACACAAACUGAAGAGGUUUACAGAAAUCACUGAGAUUGAGAUUUUAAAAUGGCAGUGAAUACACUGCAAAAAAUGCUGUUCUUACUUAGAGUUUUUGUCUUGUUUCUAGUCAAAAUAUCUUAAAGUUCUUAAAUCA